CGUCGAGCUUUGUUCCGCUGUGCCAGUUCCGAGGCGCGCGCGCACCGAGCCGUCGAGCUAUUUCUACUUUUAUCCGCCUUCGCAAAAACCGUUUAUUUACGCAUUUUAGCAGCGCUGCAAUUAUUUAAUCGCGAGCUUCGAUGUACAAUCUUCCAAAAAAUAUUUUUUGGGAUCUAACAGAUAGCUGUGUUUGUCGUAAAAUCCUACGAGGACAUUCAAACGGAAGGCGCCAGCCGGUUUGACGGUUGUCAACAGAGUUGCGCGCUUUUAUUUUCAUUUGUUCUCAGAUCAGGUACUUACAAAAAAGACACCGCUUCACUUUUAAAAGUGAACAGGAAUAAUUGUAUUUUUUGUAAGUAAUUAGCCGUGUUUCAUAUUGGGAAGAUCAAGCAUGGCGCAAUUUCACGAGGAUCCGGCGCUGCUCACUAAAGAGAAACUGAAGAGUGAGUUAAUGGCCAAUAACGUGCCUCUGCCCAGCGCUGACAGCAAGAAGGACGUGUAUGUUCAGCUGUAUCUGAAGAACCUGACAGUGCUCAACAAGAAAAACAUCUCUGCUCCCGCUCCGGACACUUUCUCCAGUGAUGAGGAGAUGACAGCGCCGCUGGUGUCCAACAGGAGCCGCUCGGGGAAGAAAGCCACAAGAAAGACGGACAGAGUUCGGGCAGAAGAGAACGACGUCACGGGUUUGACUGAUGAAGAGUUGAAGGUUCAGCUUCUAAAGUAUGGAGUCGAUUCAGGACCAAUUGUUUCUUCUACACGUAAGCUAUAUGAAAAGAAACUUCAGCAGCUUCUGGAGCAGCCGCCAGUGGAGACCAGGCUGCCUGAACCCGAGACAGCAAUCCCAGAGGCCGUCACCAUCAAACCAGAUGGAAACCAGAACGGCAACACACAUUCAGCCGAAGAUCAGUACAGCGACAAAGAAGAUGAAGUUGAUCCCAUACCAGAACCAGUUCCGGUUGUGACUAAGACGGUCCGGAGCAGAGGAAAAACUCCGGUCACCACCAGGACCAGCAGCAGACAGCGCACUAAGCAGCAGGUGGAGGAGACGGCAACAGUCACUGGGAAGACAUCUGUGGAUGGAGGAGAUAUUUUAAAGGAAAUCUUCCCCAAUGAACCUGCCACACCAACUGGAAUAAUGGCCACAUGUCGGAGGCCGAUCCACGGUGCUGCUGGCCGUCCGGCGAAACCCCUGAACCUAUGGUCCGAGGAGCCCCUCCUGCAGCGAAACACUUACACAGUGACCAAAUCCUCCGUCACAGACGUUCGCAGUGGAGCACCGGUCGCCCGUCCCAAACCUCGCCGCUGGUUUGCUUUCUGGUUGAAGCUUCUGGUAUUCAUUGCGCUGGUUGCAUCUCUGUAUUACGCCUUCCAGAACGUCACCGCCGAUCAGAUCAGCGCCUACCAACUCUAUGUCCAGGACAAUGUCAUCACGCCCGUUGUCAAUUACAUCAGCUGGGAAAGCCCAGCCGAGGGCAGCGACGGCAAAUGAGCGGCCUGGUCCGUCCACCAGCUUCAGCAUGCAUCUUCUGUCAGACUGAUUUUCUAGUGCUUUGCGGAGCGACGCGUCGGCAGGGUUCGGGGAGGGAGGGAUUCUGGUUAUUGCAGUUUGACCUAGCAGUCACAUCUGAAUAGACUUGUGUUUCAAGUAGUCUUUAAACUCUGUGUGCAUCGUGUGUUUUGAUCUUGCUUUGUAAUUUUACGGUUUUGUAGCAUUCGAGACGACUUAGAGAAGUGUAAUAGUGAAUCGCUAAUAGUGAUCAUUCGCCGCUCAGUGGCGUCCCUGUUCACAUCAAGAGGUUACGUGCCAAGACAUGGCCAACACAAGCACAAUUUGGUUUCACACACAUCGGGGCUGGAAGGAAAAGCGUGAAGCUGAAUGUCUGCGAAAAUGGUUUAUUUGAUAUCUGAAAUGUUUUCCUGAAUAAUCAUGGUGAAGUUUUUUUUAUUUUUGCACAGCUGAAUCUGACUAUAUGAAGUGUUGCUAAUGAGAUCAGAGUGAGAAAAUUGUUCUGGCAUAAAAGGGUGAAUCUCACAAAAAGUAUGUCGGUCAUUUUUCGCCACAAAAUCAAGUGGAAAAUAUUAUAUAUAUAUAUAUAUACAUACAUACACACACAUAGUAUUUUGCCUUGUGUUAGUAUAAUUGGUAUUCUCAUUACCGUAAUGCAAACGAAAUCUCAUUCUCAUUACCAUAAUGUGAAAAAUACACUAAAAAAAUCUCAUUGUGAUUAUCAUAAUGCCAAAAAUUGCAUUGUAAUUACCAUAAUGUGAAAAAAAAAAAAAAAAAAAAAAAAAAAAAAAAAAUCUAAUUCUCAUUACCAUAAUGUGAAUUACCGUAAUGCAAUUUUUUUUAUUCUCAUUAUCAUAAUAACUUUUUUUUUUUUAAAUUGCAUUACCAUAAUGAAAAAAAAUCUAGUUAUCAUUACCGUAACAGAAAAAAUCACUGUAAUUACCAUAAUAAAAAAAAUAGUAUUACCAUAAUGCAAAAAAACAAAAACAAUAAUAUCAAUUUACCGUAAUGCAAAAAAAAUCAAAUUCUCAUUACCGUAAUGUGAAAAAUCUUAUUGUAAUUGCCAUAAUGAAAACACUGCAUUGUUGUAAUGCAAAAAAAAUUAAAUUUGCAUUACUGUAAUGUAAAAAAAUCUUAUUGUAAUUACAAUAAUAAAAAAAUACUAAUGCAAUAAUGCAAAAUAAUCGCAUUACCGAAAGGCAAAAAAAAAUCUACUUAUUACCACUGACAUAAAAAAUCUCAUUGUACCUACCAUAAUAAAAAGCAAAUUACCGUAAUGCAAAAAAAUCUAGUUCUCGUUACCGUAAGUUUAAAAAAUCAUUGUAAUUACCAUAAUGCAAAAAAUACAUUGUAAUUACCAUACUGAAAAAACUGCAUUACCAUAAUGCAAAAAAACAAAAAACAAAAACAAAUUCUCAUUACCAUAAUGCAAAAAAGGCUGAACCAUUACACACUUAACUUCUAUUGAAAUAAUAUAGAAUUAUUUUUGCAUUACAGUAAUGAGAAUUAGGUGGAAUGUGUUUGAUUGAAAUGAUUUAAAAUAAUUUUUAGCAAAUAAUGUUGAUUUUGUUGUGAAAUAUGACUUUUGACAUAUUCUUGACGGUUUUCGUGAGAUUCACCCAGUAGCAUUUGAUUUUAAUGAUUUGUAGCAUUGAAAUAUUCAAACUACUGAACUGCCAGCGCAGAUAAUGUUUGGUUUUAGUACUAGACAUAUUGAUUGAUAUUUAUUUUUUUAUCCAGAGCUUGAAAGAAAAUGUGAUCUUAAUGAUAGUCUCAUGUAGUAAGUAACGCUUCACUUCUGGUGAGAGGCAGUCUGUUGUUUUUAUUUUCGAUUUAAUAGAUAAUGGCGGCUUGUUCAAUGUGUUUGUGAUGUUUUCAUAAUGUGAUGUGGCAUUCUAGCCGAUUUUUAAAAACCUGUAAUGAAAAUUGAGUCCACCGACACUUGCCUGUUAUUGACUGUAAUCAAACCGUCUGUUAUUGCUCAAACACUGGCAUUCAUCCCACUAAACUAUGAAUUCAUUUCUGUGCUGUGAUUUUUAAAAGCUAACCUGGUCUGGACGUAUUUACUGAGUAUAUCUUCAUUUCAUUCAGAGAAAUACAUUUGUAUUUCAUUUGCAGGGGUUUCUUUUUAUAUUUUGCUACUCUGUUUAAUUUUUAACUGCAAUAUUUUUCUAAUGUCUUCUCUGAAAUUAAAAAACAUUUUUUAAAAUGCA